AUGCUGCCUUCCACUGAGGCAGCCCCCCGGGCCCCCCCCAGCCCUGAUUUUGCCCCCUGGGGUCUCCUCUUCAGAGGCCCUGGUUGCAAGGACAAGGAUCGGGCCCAGCCCUUCCUGGCCUCAGAAACCAGGCCCUACCUAUCCAGACCGCUCCGAGAGGGAGCUGAGGUGGCCGAGGGGCCCUGGAACCGGGAAGGCCUUCCGCCCCCCCAUCCCACCUGGGGUCCCAGGGUGCACCGCUCCCUCGGCCCUUCUUCCGCCCGCGAGGCCCAGAGCCGGGAAGGGAGGCGGAGGAGCGCCGCCGGCCCGGAGCCGAGCGAGCCCAAGGCGGUCGGUCCUCGGUGGCGGGCGCGGCGCCUGACCGCUUCGCGGAGCCUCCCGUGCAAGACAACCGAGAGGAGGAGGAGGAGAGCCGCCUUCGAGCAGGGUCGCCUUGAGCUCCCUGACGAAGAACAACGUGGUGAAUGCCACUUAACUAUCAAGCGGCCGAGGCCGGAUCCUUCUUCCUCCUCCUCCUCCUCCUCCAAGGAGGAGGGCCUCAAGGGUGGGCUCCGCUUCUCGUUCCAGGUCCAGAUCCUCAAAGGGAAAGACAGCGGCAAGCUUGGGCUGGUGGCUGAAGUCGUCCGGCAGCGGAACUGGGUGGUCGUGCAAGGCCUGAACGUGCACUACUGCUAUCACGGGAGGACCUCCACCGACCCUGGGAUGCUCGUGGCCAAUGAAACCCCGCUGCUGGUGAGGGAUGUCUCCCUGGUGGACCCCACAGACAAGCAGCCCACCGAAGUAGAAUGGCGUUACACCGAAGAGGGUACGCGAGUGCGCGUCUCGCUCAGGACUGGCAGGAUCAUCCCCAAGCCCAUUGAAGAGAGGGAGGACGGCAUCAUUCCGGAGCAAUGGAUAGACGGCCGCAAGGACACACCUGCGAAGGAGGCUUUGGAGAAGACCUACGUCCCUUCCCUGAAGACUUUCCAGGAGGAAAUCAUGGAACUGAAAGGCAUUGUGGAAACCCGUCGCUUCAAGAAGUCUUACUGGUAUUGAUUCGCCCCUUCGGCUUGGGCGGCGAGCGGCGGCUUCCAUUCCGGCCUGAAGGUCGGCCCCUUCGCUCCUUCCGCCUGGCGUGGCUGCCGCCUACAUAAAGGGCCUUCUCUCCCUCUUCA